AUGCGGCUCGAUCUGAUCGCGUCGGACAUGACGCAGCGGAGCAACUUCAAGGACGAACAGCACACCUGCGUCUUCGUACUCGCAUCGCCCUUCCCAAUCCGCAACCUCCCACACAUCCGCCCAAACAAGCCAGGCAUCAUGUCCUACACCGGAGAUGGCGUGCCUCAAACGGCUCGCCCGACGCACCUCAACGCCAAGCUCGCCCAGCUCGAGGGCUUCACGACCCGCAUCCCGCUCGACGGCGACAAGCACGUCAGCGUCUUCUCGCAGGCGCCCGUCGACAAUCUCGACACGUCCAUGAGGGCCGGACCGAGGGGACCGACCAGCAUCGACGACCCCGUCGCUCGCGAGCGCAUCAGCCACUUUGACCACGAGCGUAUUCCUGAGCGUGUCGUUCACGCUCGCGGCGUCGGUGCCCACGGCGUCUUCAAGCUCCAUACGUCGCUCGCCGACUACACGACGGCCAAAAUCCUCACCCAGGUCGGACAAGAAACGCCCACCUUCGUCCGCUUCUCCACGGUGCUCGGCCAGAACGGUGCGGCUGAGACUGCACGUGAAGACAUUGUCGGCAACAACAUCCCCGUCUUCUUCAUCCAGGACGGCAUCAAGUUUGUCGACCUUAUCCACUCCGGCAAGCCCGCACCGCAGAUCCACCUGCCGCAGGCGCAGACUGCCCAUGACAACUUCUGGGACUUCAUCUCGCUCACGCCCGAGUCGGUGUUCAUGUCGCUCUUCUCGCUCUCCGACUACACGAUCCCUCGCUCGUACCGCAUGUUGAAGGGCUUCGGUGUCAACACGUUCGUCCUCGUCAACAGGGAGGGCAAGCGCACCUUCGUCAAGUACCACUGGAAGCCUCACCUCGGCCAGCACGGUCUCGUGUGGGACGAGUGCCUCAAGCUCGGCGGCCAGGACCCCGACUACCUCCGUCGCGACCUCGCGGACGCCAUCGAGGCCGGCGCGUACCCCAAGUAUGAGUUGGGCGUGCAGCUCAUCUCGGAGGAGCAGGAGCUCACGUUCGACUUCGACAUUCUCGACUGCACCAAGAUCGUUCCGGAGGAGCUCGUCCCCAUCACUUGGGUCGGCACUAUGGAGCUCAAUCGCAACCCUACCAACUACUUCGCCGAAACCGAGCAAGUCGCCUUCUGCACGUCCAACAUCGUUCCCGGCAUGGACUACAGCAACGACCCGAUGCUCCAGCUCCGCAACUUCUCGUACUUCGACACCCAGAUCUCGCGUCUCGGCGGCGUCAAUUUCAACGAGCUCCCCAUCAACCGCUCCGUCUGCCCGUUCAUCUCGACUAUUCGCGACGGACAGCACCAGGAGCGCAUCUUCGCUGGCCCGAACUACUACCCCAACCGCUUCCAGACGCCUAACGCUGGCACGGAGCACGGCAAGGGCCAGAACUACGCCCACAACGAGGCUGCCAUCGCCGAGGCGACCAAGCCGAAGGAGGGCUUCCUCACGCCCGCGCCGUACAAGGUCGAGGGCACGCGCGGCCGCCUCCGCCCCGCUCGCUUCGACAACCACUACAGCCAGGCCCAGCUCUUCUGGAACUCGAUGAGCGACGUCGAGAAGGAGCACAUCAUUGAGGCCGCCAUCUUCGAGCUCGGCCGCUGCGACGACCGCGAGAUCCAGAGGCGCAACAUCCUCCGCUGGAACAACGUUGACCACAACCUCGCUCUCGCCGUUGCCUCAGCCUUCGACAUCGACGUUCCCGAGCCCGAGAUCAAGAACCACGGCAAGAAGACCGACGGCGAGAACUCGCUCUCGCUCCUCUCGGCCAACAACCCCUCGUCGGCUGUCGGUCGCCGCAUCGCCGUCUUCGCCCUUGACGGCUUCGACAGCCUGCAGGUCUCGGGUAUGGUCGCCGCCAUCACCGCCUUGGGCUCGAUUCCAAACGUCGUCGGCUCGCGCAAGGGGCCUUGCUACCCUCGCGGCACGAAGAAGGGCGACUCGGGCGCGUCGGGCGUCAUCAACUCGAACUUCACCCUCGAGACAGCUCGCUCGACCCUCUUCGACGGCCUCUUCAUCCCCGACGGUGACGAGAACUUCGUCAAGGAGCUUUCGUCCGGCCGCGGUCUCCACUGGAUCCGUGAGGCCUUCGCGCACUUCAAGACGAUCGGUGCCGUCGGCGCUUCGGUCCCCGUGUUCGCUCACAAGGCCCUCCCCGGCAUCACCGACUACAAGGCCGACCUCUCGAAGGCGUACUCGUCGAAGAACGGUGUCGUCCUCGCCGAGAACCUCGCCGGCGACGAGGCGACGCUCUGGCAGAAGAUCAAGGGCGCCAAGGACCUCACCGGCUUCGGCGCCGAGUUCGUCGAUGCCCUCUCGAAGCACAGGCACUGGUACCGCGAGGGUGCCAAGGAUGUCGCUUUCUGA